CUGCGCAUUAAAGAAUGUGAAGAGUUGGAGGAAAUGAUGUCAUCAGAACAUCACUUUCCAGAUGCAUCCUCAAGUUCCUUCUGCUUCCCAUUACUUGAAACUCUUGUUGUCUUUAGAUGCAGAAAGUUGAGAUGCCUCUUCCCCUCUCUGCCCUCUACUCAACAUCAUCUUCCACAAUUGCGACAGAUGACGAUUGGAGAGUGCUCUGAACUAGAAGGACUUUAUAAUUGCGACGAACAUGAAAUCCAUGAGGAAGGCUUCAUCAACAACAUACUUCCAAACCUCACAUUUUUUCUGGUCAAGAAUUGCCCUGUCUUUUCCAACACCACACUUGCUGCUCUUGAAAGGCAGAUACGCUGUCGGCUGGGGUUAUUGCGAUGAAGAUAAUUUCUGUUACUAUGACGGAGGAGGAUAUGAAUGCGAUGGUGAUGCUUUGAGAUUGUGUCUGCUUCUUGUUCCUGCAUUAAAUUACGAAAGAGUUGCAAUUGUGCUUGUGAUAGUUGCCUUACAAUGUUUAAUAUUUGCUUCAUUUUUAUUUUUGAACACUUUGGUUUGUUGUCUACACAAACAAGUGAUACUUUCUGCUUUCUAGAGUUUCAACGAACACCUGUGCCUAUCCAUAUUCAAGGCAAAAACAAGGUAUAUUUGAGCUGAUUUUGAUUUCCAAGUGACAUUAAUUAA